AUGGUAAAUGAGUGGACAAACCACGAAGGCAUCAAUUCACCUGAUGACUCAGUGGAAGCGAAUAAUAACAUGAAAGGCAGUCGAAGACGAGGAGCACCUCACGCACAGUACACGCGUGGAAUUGAUGUACAAAAUGUUACGCUACAAGGAUGCGGGGAAUUCUCGGUCUGGGAAUUUGGUGGUUAUGAACCUUACCAUAUGGCCUAUGAUCAUUUCGUUGGGAAUACAGAUUGCGUGCAUGUUAUUGUGUAUCGUUGCAUCGACCCCACUGAAGUACAGUACAAGCAAGUGCUUUAUUGGAUGAACUUCCUCAAGGGUCGCGUCACUCCCAGUGAACCAAUUGGACAUUGCGGCAUUAUUUCACGUAGAAGCAAAGUGGUAAUAAUCGGAAGUCAUGCAACGCCUGCAUUAUUCCCCCAAAAGAACAGUGAUGGCGAAUACGUUUCAUCAGAUGGUGAUGCGAUGUUAAAAACGAUUCGUUUACGCUUCGAGACGCAUUUCGAUAUUCACGACCAGUUAAUUUUGCUCGAUUCAACACAGACCAGUUGCCCUGGCAUGAAAUCUCUCAAAAACUAUCUUUCAAAGGCCCGCGAAUCGAUACUCUCGCGGCUACAAAAACCACUUGGUCUGUUGGACACGACAGUGCAGUACAUUUCUGGUGUGCGUAAACAGCAUGCACAUUUUCCCGUGAUAACGUGGCCUCAUUUUACUACUCUGGUACGCAACGAGGUGAAUCCCUUGGCAGGCGAUAAUCACUGCCGACAACUCAUACAACAAUUACAGCUCAUUGGCGAGGUUUACAUUUUUUUACUGUAG